AUGAGUCAGGACAGAAGAAGCUCCGCGGCGGCCUCAGAGGAAGACGACCGCGCAACCUCGCGGCGCUCGUCGGUCUGCGCGGAGAAGAAAAAGCACCGAGACCAGGGAGAGAAGAAGAGAAAGGGCAAGAGCAGCGACGAUGCGAAAGAUGCGAAAGACAAACACAGCAAAGAUAAAGACAAAAAGAAGAAGGAAGACUCGAAGAAGGAGAAUUCGAAGAAGCCGGCGCAGGAAGCCAAGGGGAAGCCUGCCGACGCUUCUGCCAAUGAAAAAGAGAAAACCGGCAAGAACGACGACAAAAAAGUCAAAAAGGACGAAAAGAGCGCUCCACCAACUCCGUCGGAGAGUUCCCGCAAAAGAAAGGCCGACGCAAGGAACGACGGCGACAAAAAGAAAAAGACCAAGACACAUGACGAGAAAAACAAGAGAGAGAAGGACAGGAAGAGCAAAGACGAGAAGUCCGAGUCGAAGAAAGACGACUCGAAAAAAUCGAGCAAUCGCCACGACAAGAAGUCGCGACGAUGA